CAGGUCGUCCCGAGCCUGUUGUGACAUGGAUGAAUGGCACGCAACAAUUGGAAUCCGGCAAUGGUGUUUCAAUGGGACGUCAUGUAACCGUCAAUCGUUUAGAAGUUCCACACAUAAAACGUUCAGCAUUAAACAAUACCUAUCGUUGCCAGGCUUCGAAUACGAAAUUAGUACCACCAGUGGAGCGCAGUAUUCGAAUUGAUAUGUUGCUUAAACCGACAUCUGUUAAUCUGACAAACAAGCAAAAAGUUUUCUCAACGGGCACUCAGUACAACUUGACAUGCAUAGUGGAAGGUUCUGUGCCGGAUACAGAAAUAAAGUGGACACAAAAUAAUCGUCCAUUUAAGAGAGGAACGUUAUCUACUUCCCAAAUAAAUGGUAAAGUUCUAUCUACUCUCACCUUUAAUCCACAACCAGAAGAUGAUGGCACCCUACUCAAGUGUGAGGGCUCAAAUCCACGCUUACAAAAUUCAGCUUUAGAAGACUCCUUAAUGCUCAAUGUCAUGUGUAAGUAAAAUUUACAAAAUAACUAGAAGUAUUUAUUUAUUUAACAAAACAUACAAAUAAUAUAUAAAUAAUUUCAAAAAAUAAAUUCCACCAAGUAAAACUUUUGUCAUAAAUCUUUAAACUAAAUGUACCCUCAUACAUGUUAACAUUGUCGAUGUUAUUUUUUCUGUGCUACAUAUACUGAAUAUACAUAUGUAUGUAUAAGUAUCUUUUUUUCAACAAACACAUUAAACGCUGCUGCUGCUGUAUAUUUGCAAAUGAUGAUAAAGUUGUCAUCGCUAGCUACAUAAUCAUAAAUUUAUUGUUAUAAAGACUUUAAACAUAAAUAUUCAAACAACACCAUCAACAUGAACCCCCAAUCCCACCCCCAACAAAGUAAAACAAUAAACACCUACUAUACGAACCGAAGUAACAAUUUCAACACCAAUUUUCCAGCAUGAUAAUGAUAAGGAAAAAUCUAGAUAAAAUAUGAAACAUUUCAAUUGUAUUGUUUUUUGUUUUGCAAUUUUGUUUUAUUUGUUUGUUUGCUUUCUGAUAUGAUUUAAUAUAAUAAAUUUUAAUUUUAAGCAUGAAAAGAAAGUUAGGGGCUAUAAUAUAUGUAUAUGUAUUUUUAUGUUUGGAUAUGUAUAUGAUUUUAACAUUGUUGCAGAUAAAUACUGUGUUAGUAGAAUCUGGAAUUGCUUAAGGCAGUAGGAUACAGUAGUGAAGAUGAAAAUAC